AUAUUGAUGAAUGUGCAGAUCCAAACGCCAAUUCAUGUGAAAAGAUUUGCAUAAACAUGCCAGGGAGUUACAAUUGUUCUUGUCCUGAAGGACACACCGGUGAUGGCAGAAAGAAUGGUCGUGGCUGUAUUGAACCAAGCUCGAACUCAGAGUUCCCAUGGAUCAAGUUUUCUGUUGGUAUGGGAGUUGGUUUUGUGUCCCUAGUAGUUGGGACAACUUGGCUCUAUUUCAGCAUCAAGAAAAGAAAACUUAUUAAACUUCGGGAGAAAUUCUUCCAACAAAAUGGUGGUCUGCUCUUGAAACAACGAAUAUCUUCUAACGAGAGUGGUGUGGAAGCAACCAAAAUUUUUACAGCCGCGGAGCUGAAGAAGGCUACGAACAACUAUGCCAGUGAUAGAAUUCUUGGUCGUGGUGGAAAUGGAAUUGUCUACAAAGGUAUACUACCUGAUAAUAGUGUAGUUGCCAUUAAGAAAUCUAAGUUUGUGGACGAGGAUCAGAUUGAACAGUUCAUCAAUGAGGUACUUAUUCUUACUCAAGUCAACCAUAGAAAUGUGGUGAGACUCUUUGGUUGUUGUUUAGAAGCUGAAGUUCCUUUAUUGGUGUAUGAAUACAUUUCUCAUGGAACUCUUUACGAGCAUAUCCACAGUCGAAAUGGGGCUCCUUGGUUAUCUUGGCAAAAUCGGCUAAGAGUUGCUAGUGAGACGGCAAGCGCACUUGCUUACCUUCAUUCAUCUGCACAAAUGCCUAUAAUUCACAGAGAUGUCAAGUCGGCCAAUUUAUUAUUGGAUGAUGUUUACACUGCGAAAGUGGCAGAUUUUGGAGCUUCCAGGUUAAUCCCUAUCGAUCAAACACAUCUUGCUACAAUGGUUCAAGGGACAUUAGGAUACCUAGAUCCUGAAUAUUUUCGUACAAGUCAAUUGACCGACAAAAGUGAUGUUUAUAGUUUUGGAGUAGUUAUUGCAGAACUUUUAACAGGGUUGAAGCCUAUUUCGAGGGACAAAAAUGACGAGGACAAGAAUUUGGCAGAAUAUUUUGUUUUAUCCAUGAAAAAGAAUCAAUUAUUUCAAAUUCUUGAUCGCAGAGUAGUAAGAGAAGGAAGCCUUGCACAACUCCAAAAGGUGGCUGAGCUAGUGAAAAGUUGUCUUAGCUUGCACGGAGAAGAUAGACCCACAAUGAAAGACGUAGCAAUGGAACUAGAAAAUUUAAGAAAGUUCACAAAAAAUAAUCCUUGGGCUAAUGAACAUGGACAUGAAGAUAAUGAAGAUGAAUUAUCAGAUCUUUAUACAAUUCCAAUUGACUCUAAUACAGCUUUCAACAAUUGCUCUGGACAAUAUAGUUCGAGCUCCAACACAAAUAGCAGCAACUUUUCAGGACAGUAUAGUUCGGGCAGUACUUCUCAUACUAAUAGCCCAUUGAUCCAAAACAGAAGGGAAUUAUGAUUAUUGAUGAAGAUUAUGAGUUUUUAAUUCCCGAGGUCCUUGCUCUUAUUAAAUUUUUGAAUUUUCUGAUGUAAUAUCUUCCAUGUGAUUUGUAGUUUCCUCUUGAGUUGCUGUUUAUACACGAACUAUUCCUUGAAGGUUAGCUUUUAAAUGUAUUGUUUCUCGUUUUAUGUGAGAAAAUUUGUUGUUCAAUA